UUGGUAUGAUGCAUUAAGAAUUUAUUCAAGUGAGUAGGAAAGUGUAAAGGUUUCUUUAUUCUAACAGCAUGAUAAAUUAAAAUCUGCUGCUUUGGAUUAUUACAUUAUUUCGGAAAUUUGCAAUGUUUAAUUAAGGCCUUGUUCUGAUGAGGAUGAAAUUAAGAGUUCUUCUUUAAUAAAUAACCAAUUUUAGAUUUUACUAGAACAAGUGUAAUUUUUAUCUCUGGAGCUAAAUAUUCGAAACUUUAUUCUUAUUUAUAAAGCUAAAAAUAUUUAAUUUUCAAAAAAUGGAAGACAAGGAGCCAAGCUUACCUGAUAAAGACAUCAACCCAAGUCUGGCUGCUAUUGAUAAUGCACCAAGAGAUGAGAUCCACCCUGCACUGAAAACAUCUAAAGAGAUUUCAUGGUGCAAGACCUUACUAGAUUUCUUAAUAGAGAUGGCUGAUAAUGACCACUUGCUCGAUAAAUGGAAAGAUUACAUCAACAGUGAUAAAUAUUUCAUCAAAUUUGCUUCAAACAUCAUUUUGGCCUUUGACAGAGACUACAACGUACAAGAGUUGAAGGACAUAUCCUCGAGACAGAAGAUGAAGAGCAAUGAGCAGGUAGAUGACCUUAUUAAGAAGUGUAUCCAGAGCUUGCUUGAGUCCAGCAAGGAAGGUGAUAAGAAAAAGUUACAAUGAUUUGGUAUCCAAUUAGUCAAAACCCGUGCAGAUACUACUAUCAAAGGAAUGAAUCAGUCCUCUCAAAAGAGCUAUUUCCAAAAGAAACAUUGGAGUGAUGUCCGCCUCAUGAUUGGAGAUGAACUGUUCUGCCAUAUUUAUAAAAAUUACCUCAUUUUUGAGCGAACUAGAGAGGGAAGUUUAGUCCAGUUUGCUGGAAAAUAACAUUUUUGAGUUUCUUGAAGUCGCUAAGGAUCAAGCAACUGUUGACCCUGAAGAGUUGAAAAUCUCAAAAUGAUGAAAGUACAACAUCAAGGACAAUAAUGAUCACUAUCUUAAUAACAUCAACGAGGAAAUUUGGAAUAGCAUGAAGUCCAGAACAAGAAUCUUUUACUGUACUCAAUAUAAUAGACAAACUCAAUUCUUUAAGAAACACUUGCUGAUGAAAGACGCUGAUGCCCUCUCUCCUGAAGAUCGUGCAGAGAAGUUGUUCCAGGACAUUUUCAGGUUUAAUAGAAUCAGAAAGCAACUAAAGACUAAUAUUACAAAUAUUCUGACUCAUAUGGUUAAAAAGAUCAAGAAGUUUAGGUUUUGAUACUAUUUAUCCAAAUCAUGCCCUCUUCCUGAAAACUGGAUUGAGCGUAAGAAGGUUAUUUUAUCACAUCUCAAUGAUGACAAGCUGAAAAAGGCUAAAUAUUAUGAAGAACUUUUCAGUUACACAAUAGAUAACAAAUGUGUGACUCAAUUCCUGAAUGAGUUCUUCUACCAUACAUUGCCUAAAGACUUCAUGACUGGAAAGAACAAAAAGAGCUUCCAGAAGAAGAUCAAGAGAUAUGUUGGGCUAAAUAAGAAUGAGAUAAUUCCAAAGAAUCUUCUUGUUGGCAAGCUCGACAUUAGUAGUAUAAAAUGGCUAGAGUUUAAAACUAGCAAGAAGAACUAUCACUAUUUUGAUAAAGAGAACAGAUUUGUGUUAUGGUUUUUCCUGAAAUGGAUCUUUGAAGAUGUUGUAGUCUCCCUUAUUAGAUGCUUCUUCUAUGUCACAGAGCAACAGAAAAGUUACUCAGAAACUUAUUACUACAGGAAGAAUAUUUGGGAUAUUGUCAUGAAGUAUAGUAUUGCUGACCUGAACAGAGAAACUCUAGAGGAGGUAUCAAAAGAGGAUAUGGUCAAAUGGAAAAAUGAACUUAGAUUUGCACCAGAAAACUACUUUCAGGCCCAUUAUGACUUUUAAUAAAAAGAUUGUUGACCCAGAUGGCAAAGCGUCUAAGAUGACUACAAACACCAAGCUGUUUUAUUCCCACUUGAUGCUGAAGACUCUGAAGAACAGGAUGUUUAAAGAUCCGUUCGGCUUUGCAGUCUUCAACUACGAUGAUGUGAUGCGCAAGUACGAAGAGUUCGUGCUGAAGUGGAGGCAGGUAGGCAGGCCGAAACUUUAUUUUGUGACCAUGGAUAUUGAGAAGUGAUAUGAUAGCGUUGACAGAGAAAAACUUUCUCAAUUUCUUGGCACCACUCAGCUUCUCUCUUCAGAAUUCAGAAUAAUGACCAUACAAUCAAUGAAAAAGAAUAACGCAGAAGUAGUAGAUCAAGAAAAAUGUGAGAGAAAAUAAGAUGAAGGAUUGCUUCAGGCAGAAAUGGCACAAGAUUGCUUUGGAAAGCAACCAGAGUCCAUCACUUUUAGAUGUACUUGAGAAUGACCAAAAUGAGCUGAAUGCUAAGAAGACUCUCUUGGUUGAGAACCAGAAGAGAGAUCCUUACAAGAAGAAGGCAUUGUUAGACCCAGUUAUUGAGAUUUGUCGGCACAACUACAUUGAGUUCAAUAGGAAGUAUUACAAACAGACAAAAGGAAUCCCACAAGGAUUAUGAGUGUCUUCAAUUCUCUCUUCAUUCUACUAUGCAAGUCUUGAGGAGCAUGCACUAGGCUACUUAAGAAAAGAAUCUAUGGAUACUAUUAAUCCUAACAUAACUCUCUUAAUGCGUCUGACUGAUGACUAUCUGCUUGUUACCACCAAAAAGAGUAAUGCUGUCCUUUUCAUCGAGAAACUGACCGAAGUCUCCAGUCUCAACAGAUUCAAGUUUAAUAUGAAAAAACUACAGACAAACUUUCCUCUAGAUCCUUCGAAAUUGGCAAAAUACGGAAUAACAUCUGUUGAAGACCAGAACAUAGCCCAUAAAUACAUAGACUGGAUUGGGAUCUCUAUUGAUAUGACAACUAUGGCUUUAACACCAAAUAUGAACCUUAGAAGAAAAGGAAUUCUCUGAACUCUCAACAUGAACAUGCAGACCAAGAAAGCAUCUAUGUGGCUUAAAAGAAAGCUAAAAGCCUUUCUAAUGAACAACAUCACCCACUAUUUCAGAAAAACCAUCACCAGCAGAGAAUUCUCCAACAAAACCCUUAACAAACUCUACAUCUCCAGUGCUUACAAAUUCAUGCAGUGCUGCAUCGAGUACAAGACCCACUUCAAAUCCCUCUCCCAGUCCAACCCCCACUUAGACAAAACCAUCUGUGGCAUAAUCUACUGCGUCACUAGAGCAUUCUUUAGGUACCUUGUGUGGAAUGUGAGAGAGUCGAUAUUUAGUAAGGAGCAUGAGAAGGAUUUUUUGUGUGGGAGUUUAAGGCAUUUUAUUGAGAUUUUUAGUAUGCGAAAAGAUUGGUUUAGUGGAGUUGUCAAAAUUUUGGAAGCCAAGGAAAAGAAAGUGGUAAUGGGGAGUGAAGGAGCUUAAGCCCCUUAAAGAUAAUUUCAAUAAUUUUUG